AGUGGGAGGGGCUAGCCCCGCCCUGGCCUUACCUGGGCACUCAGAUUUCAAGCCCUGCAAUAGCCCCAGGGACAGAGACCGAGAAUGGAGGCCCGAGGAGGACCUGGAGAGGAUUGGAUCCCUGGGGGGCCUGGCCCAGGCCCAUCGCUGGCAACCCUACUGAGCGAGCUCCCUAGCUCGGCCACAGUGAGAUACAGAGGGCCGGGUGUUCGCCCCUGGGGAGACCCAGAGUCACCUCUGGAGCACAGCGAUCAGGAGAGCUGGUCACAAAGGAAAACUGCCCCCGGGACAUCCCCAGAGGAGCCCCCAGAAUCCCAGGCCUUUCGAGACCUGCCCUGGCCCAUGGAGGCCAAACGGCUUCUGUGGAAGCUUCACGCAUGCCAGGAAACAAAGGCAGUGUCAGGCAUUCGGGGAUCCAAGGGGGCCCUGCUCCUGGGCCGAGCUUGGGCUCGCUUGGCUGGAGCCCCAAAGAUGCUGGUACCCUGGAGGACCAUACUGACGAAGAUUGGGGGCCAGUAUGGGGCAGGUACUGAGUCCUACUUUGGACUCCUUCGCUUCCUGCUUGGUUUGAACAUUCUGGGGGCCUUGUUCCAAGGACUUCUGAUCUUGCUGCCUCUCCUCCUGUUGGGUCCCAUCCCAGAGCCACCCUCACCUGGGGACCAUAAGUCUUGUGGACCCUAUGACCCUGUGCCCCAGGGCCUUGUGGACUACGCCACACACCUCACCAACCUGCUCUCUGGAGAGGGUCAUCUGGAGUGGUCCCCCCUCUUCUAUGGUUUCUACCCAGUUGAACUGGCAGGUGGCACCUUCCAGCUGCCAGUUGCCUACCUGCUGUCCAUACUUGUCUCUGGCUUCCUCUGCCUCCUCCUGAUUCUCCGAAGGUCGGUGUCAGGACUGAAGCAGACCCUGUUGAGUGAGUCUGGGGCUCUGACCAGCUACAGCCACCGUGUCUUCUCCGCUUGGGACUUCGGACUGCAGGGCGCUGGCCCUGUGGAGCUCCGAAGGCGAGCCAUACGCUAUGAGCUGCAGGUGGAGCUGGAGGAAGCCUCUGUGAGGAAGCGCGCAGAGACCCGGACCCGGGCGCAAUGGGCUAGUCUGUGGGUGUCUAGGAUAGUGCUCAACCUGCUGGUGCUGGCUCUGCUGGGGGCGGCCUUCUAUGGGGUCUACUGGGCCACGGAUCCCUACAAUAAUCUGCAGGAAGAUCCUGUGGUCCAGGAGACCCCGAUACUGAAUCUGCUGGUCGCCUUUCUACCGUCCAUCUUCAUAUCCGUGGCUAACCUCAUCCUGCCACCCAUCUUCACCCUUAUCACCAGUCUGGAGGGCUACACGCGGAGCCGCCAGGUCCAAUUCAUCCUUUUCAGGACCGUGUUUCUCCGCCUGGCCUCACUCGUGGUCCUGCUCAUAUCCCUCUGGAAUCAGAUCACCUGUGGAGGCAACCCUGAGGCAGAGGCCUGUGCCACGUGCGGCUAUGACUACAGCAACUUACCGUGUUGGGAGACUCGGGUGGGACAGGAGAUGUACAAGCUGCUGCUGUUUGACCUGCUGACCUGCCUGGCCAUCCCUCUGCUGGUCCAGUUCCCGCGCAAACUCCUGGGAGAUAUGUGCGGAGGCCGUCUGGGCCGUCUGGUGGGGACCAUGGAGUUCCAGGUCCCAGAGGAGGUGCUGGGGCUGGUAUACGGGCAGACGCUGGUGUGGGUAGGGGGCUUCUACUGCCCCCUCCUGGCGCUGCUCAACACAGCCAAACUACUGCUUACCUUCUACCUAAAGAGGCUUACGCUCUUCACCUUCUUCUCUCCGGCCUCUCGCACCUUCCGGGCCUCCACAGCCAACUUCUUCUUCCCCCUGGUCCUGCUCCUGGGCUUGGCCAUCUCGGCUGUCCCCGUGCUCUACGGCAUUUUCGUGAUCCCGCCGUCCAAGCUAUGUGGCCCCUUCCGGGGCCAAUCGAACAUUUGGGCUGCCAUACCUAACGCCAUCCAGGGUCUGUCCCAGGGUGCUCGGGACUUUCUUUUCUUCCUGGGGACCCUAAGCUUCGCUGUGCCCCUCAUGCUGGUGUCCAGCGUUCUGAUGGUCUACACCCUGACGCUGGCCAGUUCCUACGGCCGCCUGGUCUCCAAGCUGAAAGGGCAUUUACAGAUGGAGAGCGAAAGUAAAGUGCUGCUGGCCCAGAGGAUUGUGGAGCUCAGCAGGGAGGAGCGGGACCUCUGAUCCGCAGCCGGGAGCCGCCGCCGCCGCCGCCGCGGGAUGAGAGAGGAGAGGAGGGGGAAGAAGGCUCCGUCCAACUCUCACCGCCAGGACUGGGACGCACGAAGACCACGAGUCCCAUAAGGCCUUGGGGCAGAGGUGCCCCGGGGGCUUCUGGGAAAGAGUGCCUCCUGGCUAGACGGCCCGACUGGGGCAACGAGGCGUGGGGUGCAAGGGCCGCCUGGAUGUCCACGUCCCAAGCGAAGCCCUAUCAAUAAACGUAGCCUCAUCCCCUCGGCUCUUCUCUUUCUCUCGGCUCCGCCCCCAGAGCUUGGCUCGAUCGGGGAAAGGCGGCGGGGCGGGGCGGGAGAGAGACUAGCCAAUCAAUUGCCCGAGUCCCAGA